GCUGCACGUGUGAGGCGGAGGAGUCAGAAUGGGGGCGGACAGGUGAGCUUUUGUGACAGAGCCUCGCAAUCACGGGACAGACUGACAGGGUCAACGAUUGCUUGACGUUGCUACAUGAUUAGGACGUGUCCUACAAAAACUGCUUAUACAGCAGCUCAGCUGGGGCAGCCACAUUUAUUGAUCUACAACUCGUCUGUUAAAGCUAGCUGCUAUUUAUAAGACUUGACACAGAAAAAGAGACAACAUGGAUCUGGACAUGUUUAGCAUGAUUGCCGCAGCCAGUGGGAUGUUAGCUGUUCCAAUCUUGGCAUUCAUUGCCUGCUUCUUUCUAUGGCCGUCUGCACUCAUCAAUUUCUAUCACUGGUACUGGCGAAGAGCUCUUGGUAUGCAGGUAAAGCAUGCAGAACAUGGAAAGUACCGCUUCUCUUAUUCUUUCCGGGGCAAACAGGGAAACCAGCCAUCAAUCCUAUUUCUACAUGGCUUCUCAGGUGACAAAGACAUGUGGUUGUCUGUUGUCAAGUUUCUUCCCAAGCACUUGCACUUGGUCUGUGUUGACAUGCCUGGCCAUGGGGGCACUUCUCGCUCUGCUGGUGAAGAUUACACUAUAGAAGGCCAGGUGAAGAGAAUACAUCAGUUUGUUGAGUGCAUCCGGCUGAACAGGAAACCCUUCCACCUUGUCGGCACCUCAAUGGGUGGAAGUGUAGCUGGAGUGUAUGCGGCACUGUACCCCUCGGAUCUUUGCAGCGUGACACUCAUUUGUCCUGCAGGUCUGAAAUGUCCAAAUGAUAGUCAACUUGUCAAACUGCUGCAAGAUUCUAAAACUUCUCAGAGCGCUAAAAAAAUCCCACUUAUUCCCAGUACUUCUGAAGAGAUGGAUGAAAUGAUGAAGUUAUGUUCUUAUAUUCGUUUUAAAAUACCUCAACAGAUCCUACAAGGUCUGGUGGAUGUUCGAAUACCACACAAUGAUUUCUAUCGUGAAGUAUUUUUACAGAUUACGGGUGAAAAAUCACGCUAUUCACUCCAAGAAAAUUUGCACAAAUUCAGUGUGCCAGUGCAAGUGAUUUGGGGAAAACACGACCAGGUUAUUGAUGUAUCAGGUGCUACAGUCUUGUCCAGUGCGCUUCCUGGCUGCCGUGUGGACUUGUUGGAGAAAUGUGGCCAUUCUGUCGUGAUGGAGCGCCCCAGGAAGACAGCUAAGCUCAUUCUGGAGUUUUUAACAUCCCAGCGGUGCAAUGAAGGUUGCAGUGACAAGAAGACAUCCUGAAAGUGCAUUUUCCACAACACACACUUUUUGAUUGGGACUUCUGUUAAAAAAUCAGAAAAUGCAGAAUGUCUCUCAGGGGCACCCGUUUUCAUGCCAGGUGAUCUAGUGCCAAAGUUAGUCAGGUGAAUCAAGUUUUUUAAAUGAAUAUAUAUAUAUAUAUAUAUAUAUAUAUAUAUAUAUAUAUAUAUAUAUAUACAUAUAUAUAUAUACAUACACAUACACACAGUACAGGGCAAAGGUUUGGCCACACCUCCUCGUUCAAUGUGUUUUCUUUCUUUUCAUGAUCAUUUCCAGCACUCCAUCACUCUCCUUCUUGGUCAAAUAGCCCUUACA